AUGGGCGAAACUAGGAGACUAGAAUCACAUUUAACUGGUUAUCAAUACAAAAAUACUGAGAUCUUAAGUGGUGUAGUCAUCGGACGAGGUGGGUCCAACAUAAAGCAGAUUCAGGAGGAAACAUGCACAAAAAUCUCUAUGAAGGAAGAAAAGGAAGAAGAGAUUUACAAUAGGAUUUGUGAGAUAAGAGGAAUGCCAGAAGCAGCUGAGAAGGCACGCUUAAUGAUUCGUAAGAUAAUUAUGAACCAGCCAUUAAUAACAACACGGGAAACCUUUGUGCCUGAGUCAGCUUGUGGCAGAAUAAUUGGUAAAAAUGGCACAAAUAUCCGAAAUAUAUCGAGUGCAUCUUCUGCAAGAAUACAAAUAGAUAGAUAUUCAUCAUCUAGAGAUACAUAUUGCGGUAAUGUGGAACAUGAGCGACGAGUGGUCAUUAAAGGCACAGAGGAACAGAUAGAAUUGGCUAUAGCAUUAAUAAAAGAGAAGGUGGAGGAGGACCGAGAGAUACGGUCAAAAAUGCAAGAGAGUAUUGCCAACCGAUCUCCUAGGAAACCAGAUAAAGCUCUGUGUCUGACUGCUGCUGCCACUAAUGAUUCCUCAUCAAGCCACAAGUCAUGUGUGUCAGAGAAACUGAAUCCUGCUGGAGGAGAUGGCUACAUUCCUGUUUUUGUUUCUGCUUUGACAGAUCCUGGCUGUUUCUUUGUGCAGUUGGUGGGACAACAUGCAGUUGAACUUGACCGUCUCGUAGAAGAAAUGACGCAGUAUUACAGCAAAGAGGAAAAUCAAGAAAUUCAUAGAGUAAAUGAGAAGUUAGGACAGCUAGUGGCAGCACCCUUUAUUAAUGAUGAAAUGUGGUAUAGGGCCAUAGUGAGAAAUGUUACUCUGGAUGAGUACGAUCCAAAAGAAAGUGACUUGCUGCUUUUCUAUCUUGAUUAUGGGGAGUCGGCUGAUGUGAAGCAGAAACAGGUGUUUCACUUGCGAACAGACUUCUUAAGACUCCGAUUUCAGGCUAUUGAAUGCUGCCUCGCAAAUGUUAAGCCAAAAGAUGAUCAGUGGUCAGAAGAAGCUAGGGAACUCAUGGAGGAUUUGUGCCAUGUGGCACAGGGGUUGUAAUUAUGGCACGAGUGGAUGGAUACAGAGAACGGCCACGUACAGACCAGCGACAAGAGCGUGAAGGCAGUCCUGUACCGUGUGUAUCACUUGUCAACACCACAGGACCCAAGGAUGUACCUGUUGCAGCAGAACUUGUUAAACGUGACCUAGCUGAAUGGGAGAAGCCAGUCGCUACAGAAACCAGUUCAAGUGCGAAUAACAAUAUAGCAGAGAAGACUGUAAAUGGUAUCACUAACUCAGAAAGUAGUUCUCGUACAUCAAACUUGUGAUAUGAAAACAGUGAACAUAAACAGUCAUUACCUCUGUUGCCAGACAGUG